AGGAGUAGUGACGUGCCAGCAGACCGGCAGAUCCAAAGUCAUCCGCACGACCCUUUUUCUUUUUUUCUUCCCUUUUAGCUUUUAGAACAUAUAACCUGUCUGCAUUCACUGGUGUGAGCUGCACAGCUACAAAGCCGCUUUUCCAGUUCAGUGCAUCGCAACGUCGAUGGUCUUGUCAUCUCCGAUGGCGGCCACACACCGAAGACAUCCGUCGAGUCUCGACCUCUCAGCAUCGUCCCCAAACGCAUAUGCCACAAAUGGCUAUGGACAGAGCCCUCCGCUGUCCCCGAGGACCCCGAGGUCAUCUGCUCCUCCAUCGCCAGUCACUCCCAGACAGCAAGGCUCGCAGACGAUGAACGGAUCCCACAGGAUGUCCGGCGAUUUCACGGCCGCGGAGGCGGGAGGCGGUUUGGGGAGUCUUGCCGAUGAACUUGCAGAUGCAUGGGAAGAAGAAGAUGGAGGUUAUGAGGAUACAUCGGGCUUGGAGAACGGACAGAUCGAUUCUCAUAAUGCGGAUUACAGUGACAGGGAGGAAGGCUACGUCGAUUCGGGUGCGGGCACACCGGGAGACCGUCUCUCUCCGGACGACAUGCUGCAACCGAGCAGGGGGAAACCCAAGAAUAACCACAGUCGGCACAAACGACAUGAAUCACAAUACGAUGGGUCUGACUACGGUAACGACUCGGAUUUGGAAGAGACACCGGAGAUAUCACCAAGUCUGGAGGCGCGGAUGGCUGGCAUUGAGAGUCUGGCUCGAAGGGGAACGGAGGAUAAUGGCAGUGAAAACGACAGGGUCAUAAAACGCGCAAUAGAGAGUCUCCGGGAUCUGGGUGGUCAGAGUGGGAUUGAAAACGGCGCAUCAAGACUGAUAACCGCUCAUACUUCGAUCACCUCGCACCUAACGCACCAAACUCGAACGCUGCAGACACUCACCCAUCCUCUCCUUUUCUCGCCUUUCCCGAUCCUCUCAGAGGAGGAUAUCGAUUCUCUCGUCCCUCUGAUUGAUGAAGAGCUGCUACCCAAUCUCCCUUACCCUUUUCCACAAGCCCAGUCUCGCUCGCGACCUACGACGCCGGCGCAGUCUGCCUCCCUCAACCCGUUGGUCUCGCUGCAGACGCUUCUGUCCCAGACCUCUGAGCUUGUCUAUAGCCUUCGGAGUCUAAGUGAUACUCUACACGAGUCACGACAGGUAACAUCGACGGCCUCGCGAAGGCUGCGGUCUGCCAAGGAGCUCGUUGCCGAGUUAAGACGUGAGGAGGAAGAACGGGAAGAAGGCACGCGCUGGAUCGAAAAGGGCCAAUGGGACCGCCGACUACGAGAGAGAGAAGCAGGCAAGGUCUGCGGGGAUGUUGUCAGCGGCUUUGAAGCAGUCUGCGGAGAAUGGCGGAAGAAACUCUUUGGUGCAGCAGCCCCCGACGCAGUCGCUGCAUAACUACUACACUUUUUCACCAUCCUCAUGCAGAAGCAGAGCUUGUCUGCCGUCCUUCUAUAAUUCCUCCCUAUUUGAAUGACGCGUAC